AUGGCGGAAUUUGGUAGAAAUAAGAAGAGUAAUGGUAAAAAGUUUACCAAAGAGUACAAAGUCAAGGCUAUUCAGCAGAAUAUUACUAGGAAAGCCAGAUUAAAGAAAGAGUAUCUGAAAGCCUUAAAAGAGGAAGGUUAUGCAGUGCCUGAGAAGGAAACCUCCCGCAGAGAGGUUAAUGUUAAGAAGCUAAAAGAGGAUAAGAGAUUAGAAGGUAAGAAGAAGAUAGAUGAGAAGAAAGAACUUAAGAAGCAAAGGAAGAGGGAACAAAGAGAGAAGCUAGAAGAGCGUAGGAGGAAAGAGGAAGAAAAGGUCAAGAUAAUAAGACAAAAGGAGCAAGAGAGAGAGCAGAAGAGGCGAAAGAUGACUAAGAGAACGAGAUCCGGUCAACCUUUGAUGGCUCCAAAAAUUGAGGAUCUUCUAUCAAAGAUUAAGAACGAUGAUACAUAUACCUUGUAA